UCCCUCUCUCUCUCUCUCUCUCAACUGACGUUUUGAACGUAACUGCGCGUUCCAAUAUAUACGGAGUUUAGUGCAUCAUGACGGUAACGACGACGGCGACAACGACGAUCACGACGACGACGACAACGAUGAGGAUUAUGCCGCGCGACGACGUCCGCCGCACGCGUGUGUCCCGACAGUGAGAUCGGCAUCGGCGAUCGCGCAUAACGACGGUGCUAAGGAGGCAUUCACGGGAUGUCGCCGCGAGUACGACGUAACGAUCGAGCGCAACGUGGAACUGUCGUCGCAGCUUGAAUCGUUCAACAUACGCCGCGAAACACGCAUUUUCAGCCCCGACCCCGAGGCAGGGUCGCCGCGAUCCGCUGAAAGAAAAUAAUCCUGGACACAUAAUGGCAGCUCACAAGACGGGCGGGCAGAGCGCCCGUAAGAAAGUUCAGGUUUCUAUGGUUAUAAGAGAUGAAGUAGAGAAGCAACAUAGAGCUGGUGUUAAUUCCUUACAAUAUGAUCCGGCUCUGCAUAGGCUAUAUUCUGCUGGUAGAGAUAGCAUCAUAAGGAUAUGGAAUUGUAGAAAUAUGAAAGAACCAUAUAUUCAAUCUAUGGAGCAUCAUACAGAUUGGGUCAAUGAUAUAGUGUUAUGUUGUGGUGGCAAAAAUCUUAUAUCCGCAAGUUCCGACACAACUGUUAAGGUAUGGAAUGCGCAUAAAGGUUUUUGUAUGUCCACAUUGCGUACACACAAAGACUAUGUCAAAGCAUUAGCAUAUGCCAAAGAUAGAGAGCAAGUUGCUAGUGCGGGUCUAGACAAGUCGAUAUUCUUAUGGGAUGUUAAUACUCUGACUGCUCUUACCGCGAGUAAUAACACUGUGACAACAUCAUCCUUGAGUGGAAACAGAGAUUCCAUAUAUAGCCUUGCUAUGAACCAAACUGGCACGAUUAUUGUGAGUGGUAGCACAGAGAAAGUUCUUCGUGUAUGGGAUCCACGAUUUUGCACCAAACUUAUGAAACUUCGUGGCCACACAGACAAUAUUAAAGCAUUAGUCCUGAAUAGGGAUGGUACGCAGUGCUUGUCGGCAAGUUCCGAUGGUACUAUUAAAUUGUGGUCACUUGGUCAACAAAGAUGCGUGCAAACGUUCAGAGUUCAUAAGGAAGGAGUAUGGGCGUUAUUGGCAACGGAUAAUUUUAGUCAUGUAAUAUCUGGUGGUAGAGAUAAAAGAGUAGUGAUGACAGAAUUAAGUUAUGCAGAGAGAUAUACAGUUAUUUGUGAGGAAAAGGCGCCUAUACUCAAAAUGGCUAUGACGCCGGAUCAAUCUAGUAUUUGGGUUGCAACCAGCGAAUCAACUAUUAAUAAUUGGUCUAUAAGUCAGAAAGAUUGGCAAGAGUUAGGACUUGGAGACUAUUGUGAUUCUGCCAGUAAUGUAUCAAGCAACAUUUUAAGAAAUACUGAACCUGCACAAAAGAUAUUAGGUGGUCCUGCCAUAAGACAUUAUCACAUAUUAAAUGAUAAAAGACACGUUUUAACAAAAGAUACAGAAGAAAAUGUUGCAUUAUAUGAUGUAUUAAAGGCGUGUAAAGUGGAAGAUUUAGGCAGAGUCGACUUUGAACAAGAGUCUAAAAAAAGAAAUAAAGUGGUGUAUGUUCCAAACUGGUUUAAUGUUGAUCUCAAAACAGGAAUGUUAACUAUACAUUUAGGGCAAGACGAAAAUGACUGUUUCUCUGCAUGGGUUUCUGCCAAAGAGACUGGUCUAGCAGAAAACGAUGCUGUAGAUCAGAAAGUGAAUUAUGGAAAUCUUUUAUUACAAGCGUUACUUGAACAUUGGUGGAGGCCAUUACAUGCUGAUGAUGAGAAUGAAGGUAAUGGUAAUGACGGAAACGGUCCCAUACACACGAGAGGAGGAAAUCCAUACUUCUCAGUACCUAGUCAUACACCUGUUAUUUUUAGUGAAGUGGGAGGAAGAACUAUUUACCGAUUAUUAGUUCGAGAUGCUGCGGGAGAAACCGAAGGUGUCCUAUUGAACGAAACUGUACCACCAUGGGUAGUGAAUAUUGUUGUGGACAAGAAUCUUCCACAAUUUAUUAAAAUACCUUUCUAUCUUCUUCCACAUGCUUCUUCAGGUGUAAAAAGUUUGAAAAAGGACCGUUUAAUCGCAAAUGAUUUUAUACAAGUGCGUAAAGUGGCGGAGCAUGUUUACGAUAAGGUGCUUGGUGCAGGAAGCGAUUCAGGUUCGGUAGCUGGAGGUGGAAAUACCGUUUCAAGUGGGUCACCGGCGGGCGAUAGAACAAAUACAGAUUCUAAUGCUGAUAAUUCUUCGUUGGCCGAGGAAAAAGUCGAAUUACUAUGUAAUGAUCAGAUCUUGGAUCCUUCAAUGGAUUUGAGAACGGUUAGGCAUUUCAUCUGGAAAAGUUCGGCAGAUUUAACACUUCAUUAUCGCCCUGUUAAAUAGUUAGAAUUAACUACAUUGCAUCGCGAGUCUUUACAGUGUGCCUGGUUUUAUACCAUGAAUAAUGGAAAAUACAUAGUGGGCUACUUGCAAAAUAUGGUACCUUGUGCCACUUUUUCCUUAGGAAAUGAUCACCUGGAUUUAACGAAUGUUUCGUGCGAAGUCGAAGCAGAAGCGAAAGAGAGCGAGGCAUAUUUGGAGUAUUAGGAUAUAAUAUGUGAAGUUCAAAGGCAAUAAUGUGUGGAAGUAUUAAUGUAUAAAUUGCUCACUUUUAUACACACCUGCAUCCCGCGGCCAAAUUCACACAAACGGAACAUUACUCUCGAUUAAUCUGCUUAAGAAUAGCAUGUUUUUUGUACCUGGAUAUAGAAUUUAAAGUGCUUGUUGUCAGCCAUUUAUCGUCUUCCCACGUCAGAAGUAUCAAUAAGAGAGCAUAUAGCACAAAUGCAAAAAAUAAUAAUAAAAUAAAAAGAAAGGGGAUAGACCGCACGGCCGAGAAAAUUAUUGAUUUUGUUAGGUCUAAUAGGAUCCAGGUGAUCCUCUCAAAUGCUUCUCAAAUUUUCUUUAUUGAUUCUACUUUAGCUAAAUUUUCCUCCCAUAAUCAAUACAUAGGGCUGUCUUGUUUUAGUACUGUAAUAAAAGUAUUGAAUAUUUAUUGAAGGCGUGAGAGAAAUUGUAUAAUGUUUUGUUACAUGCAUGCAAAAUAUAUACUCCACACCUGCCUUGUUACAUUAGAGAGCAAAGAAAAGAGAGAGAUAUAUAUAUGAGAAAGAGAGAAGAGAGAGGAUAUGUCAAUUUACCAUUAAUCAAAUUAUAUUUAAAUAGCCAAAUUAGAAAUUCAAUAUUUCCUAUUGUUUGCAUAAAAAAUAAGAGAAUGUAUUUGUCUGCAGUGUAAUAAGAUCAAAUUCUGUCUUGAUCAAAGUUGAUAAAAUAUAGAUUAGAGAUUGGGUGUACAUUAAAAGUGAAAUUUU